CCCCUUUCUCCCCAGAAUUCCAUGUGAAUCACCCAGCAGCUCACUGAAGUCUUAAUUCUUACUGUGAGCGCCACUGAAUGUCUGAAUUAGCUUCUAUCUUCUUGCCUUCGAUCCUACUUGAUCGAUUCCAUCGACUUCCCCGGCCCAUAGCAUGAGCUAAGCUUCUGACAGGAAUUAGUGGUUCACUGAUCACUCCUCAAGGAACACUUGAACGGUAGCGGUGGGAGCAGCGUGGCAUUAUAUCGCCCUAGUCACGACGUUGCUAGCCAAUCGCCGUUCCGUCUUACCGUAUAUAUUGCCACUGUUUCUUUUCUUAGACAGAGUACAAGGUGGAUCGGAAAUACUGCAAAUACAUCACCACAGACACGAUCGCGUUACGCAAAAUUGGAGGUUCAGUGGCUCCUUGAAACGGGGGCAGCUUGCCGUUGUUUCUUUUCUGUUUGUUCUGCCUUGUACGAAGAGAUAACUGGAUUUUUUUUUUCAAUCAACAGCAAAACAAACUGGAUUUUUAUCAACAACGAACGCAGUUGCUUGCCUUGUCAAUUGUCACUUGCCCUACAGCUAUGCCGAUUUCUCCCUAACGCCACACUAAUCCACUACGAUAACCGGCAGAGAACAUGGUUUUGCAACGGCCACCUAAUACGUACUACGACUGCUACAAUCCUAUACGGGUUGAGUAAUUAGCGGCCUGCUGUUUUAGCAACCGCAAGCUUAAUUCGGCUCCACUACUAGCCGUGCUGCCGUAGAAUGCUCUCGUAGUGUGUUCAGGUUAUGCAAGGCUUACUAGUUCAUUCCAAGCCAUUUCCUCCAUGGUUUUGUACAUUUGCUAGCAUCUAGAAACUCCACUACCGAUCCCCAAGCCUUGCGGUUGAAGCGAUCUAGUUCUGCACGUUGGUCCCACAUUAGCUUCGCCGCGACGCCGCACAGGUGUCCGAGCUCCUGACGCUAAUCGACAGUAUAAAGCCCCCCCCAUUGCCACGCUCCUCUUCCACGACUCAAGCCUACUACAUUGCCAAGCUUCCGCGGCGACCUUCACCCGCUCAUUGAUCGACCGGACGAGCGAGCCCCCAAUGGCCGCCCGCGUCAACAGUUUCUUCCUCCUCGCGGCGCUCCUCCCGCUGAUCGGCGCCUCCGCUGCUGUCGCGGCGGGGAACGGGGACGCCGGGAAGGUGCGCCUGGCGCUCUAUUACGAGUCGCUGUGCCCCUUCUCAGCGAGCUUCGUGGUGGAGAACCUCACCAGGGUCUUCAAAGACGGCCUCCUCGAAGCCGCCGACCUCACCUUGGUCCCGUACGGUAACGCCGAGGUCGGCGCGGACCGCUCCAUCUCAUGUCAGCAUGGCCCUGAUGAAUGCCUUCUGAACACCGUGGAAGCUUGCGCCAUGGACGCCUGGCCGGAUUUGAAGGUGCAUUUCGGUUUCAUCAACUGCGUGGAGGACCUGGUGAUGAAGCGUAGGCGUGGGGAGUGGGAGUCCUGCUUCAACAAACUGGGGCUUGACUCCAAGCGUGUCACCGACUGCUACAAGAGUGAGCGUGGUCACGAGCUUUCGCUGAAGUUUGGGAAAUUGACUGACGCGCUUGUUCCUCCACACAAGUACGUUCCAUGGGUGGUAGUCGACGGGCAGCCGAUCGGAGAGGAUUACGAGAACUUCUUAUUUUACGUCUGCAAGGCGUACAAGGGCCAACCUCCCAAGGUUUGUCAUGGUUCGGGCAGUCGCCGUCCAUUCAUUAAAGAGGUAGUGAAGGCAGGCAACGGUGUCAGUUACAACUCCGGCGGUGUUGAGCCUGAUCGUUCUGAUGAUGAUAGUAAUUGAUAGGUUAUGUUCCCUUCUGGGGCUCAAUACAUAUGAACAUUGUGCAGCUUAUGGAGAUGUAUACCAUCCGACAAUAAAGUGAGUUAUGGUGCUUUGAACCUGGUUAA